CAAUUUAGAUGUAUCUUGUUGUUUCAUCUUCAUUCUCAAUCUUUGUUGCUAAUUAAACUAAACUAAGCUUUCUGAUUCGUUUCGCAAACAAAAUAGACAGAGAAAACUGAUGAAAGAAAGGGAAUAGUUUUAUUUUGUUUUCUCAGAAGAUCCUUAAAUCUACUUCAAUUGUUUUAGCUUUAAUUUAUUUAUUUUUUAUUCCAAUUUUGUUAAAAGUUUUUCAAUUAUUUUUAUUCAAGUAUAACAACAAUGAAAUCCAGGAAAAGUUAUUCAAAUCAAACAAAAAAUGGAUAAAUUAUGUGCUUCUGUGUUAAUCUCUCAGUUUAUUACUGUGAUUAUUAAAUAUCGACCUUCACUCGAAUAAAUUCGUGUCAAAUUAGUGAUAAAAUCAAUUCACAAUGGGAGAUACUGAAGCUGGAUCGGAACAAGAUGAUGUGUCAUUCCUACGAACUGAUGAUAUGGUUUGCUUACAAAGCACGGCAACAGGAACUCGAAUCUGUUUGGCUGCUGAAGGCUUUGGUAAUCGUCAUUGUUUUCUUGAAAACAUUGCGGACAAAAAUUUUCCACCGGAACUAUCUUCAUGUGUAUUUGUAAUUGAACAAGCGUUAUCUGUUCGAGCUCUUCAAGAGAUGGUAACUGCUGAAGCUCAAGGAACUUCUGAAGGUGGAGGAAGUAAAGGAGGUUCAGGAGGUAGCUCAAGAACCUUGCUUUAUGGUCAUGCCGUGUUACUUCGUCAUGGUCACUCUAAAAUGUACUUGGCCUGCCUUUCAUCUACCAGUUCAUCCAGUGAUAAAUUAGCAUUUGAUGUUGGUCUUCAAGAGCACUCACAGGGUGAAACAUGUUGGUGGACUGUGCAUCCUGCCAGCAAGCAAAGGUCAGAAGGUGAAAAAGUACGAGUUGGAGAUGAAAUAAUUUUGGUCAGUGUGGCAACAGAAAGAUAUCUACAUACAGCAAAAGAAGAGGAACGCAGUAUUGUUGAUGCCAGUUUCAAAUUGACCCAUUGGUCAGUUGCUCCUUUCGGUACUGGACUCAGUCGAACCAAGAAUGUUGGAUUUGUUUUCGGUGGUGACGUUCUCAGGUUUUACCAUGGGGGCGAUGAAUGCCUUACUGUUCCAGCUAAUUGGAAUGAAUCAACGGGACAGAAUAUGGUGAUUUAUGAAGGUGGACCAGUGAUGUCUCAGGCUCGAUCUUUAUGGAGACUUGAAUUGGUUCGAACCAAAUGGGCUGGAGGAUUCAUUAACUGGGGCUACCCUUUGCGCAUUGUUCAUAUAACAACUGGACGCUACUUAGGAAUGACCGAUAAAUUUGAAAUUUGUCUUGUUGCUCGAGAAAACGCAACUGUAGCUGAAACAGCUUUCUGUUUGAGACAAAAUAAAGAUGAUAAAAAGAUCGCAAUCGAUGAAAAGGAGGAGGAAGUAAUUGGUUUACCUUUGAUCAAAUAUGGUGAUACUUCGUUCUUUUUGCAGCACAUUGAAACGGCUUAUUGGUUGUCUUAUCGUUCUUAUGAAACUAAGAAAAGAGGAAUCGGUAGGGUCGAAGAGAAACAGGCCAUUCUUUCGGAAGAAGGUAAAAUGGAUGAUGGACUGGAGUUUUCACGAUCUCAAGAAGAAGAAGCUAAAACGGCUCGAGUUAUUCGCAAAUGUGGUAUAAUGUUCAACAAGUUUAUAAGAAUUUUGGAUUGUUUGUACACUCAACGAUUUGUUCAUGGAGCUCGAAUGGCUUCAACUCGACAAAGUACAAUGCAUGGAGGAUCAGUCCAUGGAAAGAAAAGUCCAACAGAGGGAAUGGUGGGUUCACCACCAGGUUCACCACCUAGAGGUAGUGGUGGUUCAUCCAUGGCCAUUCAUCAGAUAACUUCAAGUGCUGUGUUGCCACAGUGCGACCAAGAAGAAAUGGUUAUGUGUUUGGAAGAUUUGAUUGCUUACUUUGAACAACCUCAAGAAGAUAUUGAUCACGAAGAGAAGCAGAUUAGACUGAAAGCACUUCGUAAUCGACAAGACUUGUUUCAAGAAGAAGGCAUUCUCAAUCUGAUUUUAGAAACAAUCGAUAAGAUAAAUACAACCACUAAUCAGGGUUUAUUGCACUUACUUCUUGGUGGUGAAUCAAGUCCAUCAUGGGACUUGAUAUCUUCGUAUUUGUACCAACUUUUAGCAGCCGUGAUUAAAGGUAAUCACACCAAUUGUGCCCAGUUUGCUCAAGCACACAGAUUAGAUUGGCUAUUUUCUCGAUUCUCAUCACAAGCUGGUGGUGAAGGAACUGGAAUGCUCGAUGUGCUUCAUUGUGUUCUUACUGAUUCCCCUGAAGCGCUCAACAUGAUGAAAGAAGAUCAUAUCAAAGUAAUAAUUUCACUUCUCGAAAAGCAUGGACGUGAUCCUAAAGUGUUGGACAUUUUGUGCUCUUUGUGUGUUGGUAACGGUGUUGCAGUUCGUAGUUCUCAAAAUAAUAUCUGUGAUAAUCUUUUACCAUCAAGAAGUUUGCUGCUUCAAACUCGACUAGUUGAUCAUGUCACCUCGAUGAGACCCAAUAUUUAUGUUGGUAAAGUUGAAGGUUCAGCAAUGUACCGACGUUGGUACUUUGAGUUGACACUUGAUCAUGUUGAACAAGUAACUCAUUUAGAGCCUCAUUUCCGUGUUGGAUGGGCUAAUACUUCUGGUUACGUUCCUUAUCCUGGUGGUGGACCGAAAUGGGGUGGCAAUGGUGUAGGAGAUGACAUAUUUUCAUAUGGAUUCGAUGGUCUGGCCUUUUGGACAUCAGGAGUUGCGAAUCAAGUAAGAACAGUUGCUGAGGGAACACCAUUCCUCGUUAAAGGUGAUGUUGUCGGCUGUAUCCUUGAUCUUAAUAUACCUUUAAUUACAUUUACCGUAAAUGGAUUACCAGUUCGAGGUUGUUUCAAAGGGUUCAAUACAGACACUGGCAUGUUUUAUCCAGUCAUCAGUUUCUCAGCCAAAUACUCAUGUCGCUUUUUGUUUGGAGGUGAUCAUGGACGUCUAAAGUUUGGACCACCAAUAGGCCAUUCCCCGUUGGUGGAAGCACUUCUUCCCGGUCAGAUACUUCAAGUUGAACCAUGUUUCCAAUUCGGUGAAUUGUCGAAAAACAUUAUACUUGGUCCAGCACUUGAACUAACAGAUGACGCCGCUUUUGUUCCACAUCCAGUUGAUACAUCAAACGUAAAUUUGCCUCAGUACAUUGAGGGAAUUCGUGAUAAGCUGGCUGAGAAUAUUCACGAAGUUUGGUCAAUGAAUAAAAUUGAUUCAGGUUGGGUGUAUUCAGAUGUUCGUGAUGAUGUAUCCCUAAAACACCCUUGUUUAACGUCCUUUGAACGGUUACCAGCGAAAGAGAAAAAGUAUGACACAACUUUGGCCCUUUCAACAUUGAAAACUAUUGUAGCCCUUGGUUAUCGUAUAACGAUGGACAAACCUCCAGGUAGGAUAAAAGUUCUGAGACUUCCAAAUGAUCCUUAUUUGCAAUCUAAUGGAUACAGACCGGCGCCAUUAGAUUUGAGUGCCAUAGAGGUUACACCAAAGAUCGAAGAACUGAUUGAAUUGUUGGCCGAAAACACACAUAAUGUUUGGUCUGCAGAGAGAAUCCAACAAAACUGGACUUAUGGAUUCUCUGAAGAUCCAAUGGCUCGAAGAAGCCCACAUUUAGUGCCUUACAAGUAUGUUGACGAUUUGAUCAAAAAAGCAAAUCGCGAUACUGCUUCAGAAAUGGUCAAGACUUUAUUGGCCUAUGGUUAUGUAUUGGAAUCUCCAGCUUCAGAUGCCUCUGAACUGGAUAAUUUGAUGGGCAAGGCCAAGGUCAAAGGUGAAAAUUUCCGUUCAUACAGAGCUGAAAGAACUUAUGCCGUUACCACAGGUAAAUGGUACUUUGAAAUUGAAAUAUUAUCAGAUGGACCAAUUCGAGUUGGGUGGGCAACUCUCAAUUUUUCCUCUUCGAAGGAGUUAGGAGCCGAUGAAUAUUCUUGGGGAUUUGAUUGUCACUCUGCUCGAAAGUACAACAGUGGACUGACAGAGCCUUUUGGCAAAACAAUUUCCAUCGGUGACAUUAUCGGUUGUAUGGUCGAUAUUGGGGAUAGAACAAUAAGCUUUUCUUUCAAUGGUGAACUUUUACUUGACUCAUCUGGUGGCGAAAUGGCCUUUACUGAUGUAAAUGUUGGUGAUGAAGGUUGUGUUCCUGCUUUAACUUUAUCUGUUGGUCAAAAAGUUAGACUCAUUCUAGGUCAAGAUGUGAAUGCUUUGCGAUGUUUCACUAAUUGUGGUCUUCAAGAGGGUUAUCAACCUUUUUGUGUAAACAUGAAUCGAAACAUGACACUUUGGUACAACAAAGAUGAACCCAUCUUUAUCAAUGUCGACGAAACUCCAUCUCCCAUUGAGGUAACCAGGAUCCCUGGAGGAUCCGACUCUUCGCCCGCUCUUAAAAUAAGUCACAAAUUAUUUGAAACGCAGGAAAAAGUGAGUUGGGAAAUGUUCAGAUUGAGUUUACCGGUGACUUGUAAUGGAGAGUUGAUUGAUGAUAGAGAGAAACAAAGACGAUUUGAGGAGAAUGUUCGUCGACAGAGACGCACUCGAGCUGAACGAUCAGGCAUUCGACAUCCAGGCAAUUUGGAACAGCACAUGCUUCAGUCAGGAUUUUCCAUGGCCGAUGUGAAAGAUUUGCAACGAGCUUAUUCUGAGGAUGCUUCAGAAGAUGUUGAAACACCACAACCUGGAUCUGGUCCACCGGGUGGUUGGAGUGAGGGAACUGCUCCUCGUCGUCAAGGGUCAUUGACUAAAACCAAAUCCUUUGAUAAUGCAUUAACAGUACCAUCUUUAGGUCAAGCACAAGCAAUGAUGCGCGAAACUGGUGGUGGUUUUUCGACUAAAAGAGCCACUUCUGUUGAGACGCUGAACCGUUCAAAGACGUCAGAAGUUGAAGAUGCAACCAAGAAAAGAGCAAAGUCACCGUUCAGAUUGUUCGGUAAGAAAGAACCACAAUUACCUCCAAGAUCACCAAGAACAAGGGAAGUCGAACCACCUACAAUAAGUGUUUUAGCUUCGAGUGCUACUCAGUUAAUUCCACCAGCAGUUCCAGAUCGACCGCAAAAUAUCGGAACUGGAGAUCGUCCAAGCAUACCUUUAGCCAGAAGAGGAUCGAGAUCCAACAUUUCAGAGGCUUUGCCAGAUGAAGCUUCAGAUCAAUUGGAUCCUGCAUCAUUAGAUUUGAUCGAUGAAUAUUUCUAUGGUAUAAGAAUCUUUCCAGGUCAAGAUCCUCAUCAUGUCUAUUGUGGUUGGGUCGUUUCCAAUUUCCGUCAUUAUGAGAAAACAUUUGACGCCAAUUCUGUUCGUCGAGCCACUAUUCAAGUUUGGGGUGAAAAUGGACAACUUGCUGAAUACUGUGAUCGACAAAAUUGUUAUAUUUUGAAUGCUGGUCAGUUAUACAAUGAUGUCAAUGAGAUUGAACAGUCUGGUGGACGUUCAAAUCAAGGUAUGUUUGUCGGCUGUCAUAUCGACUUAUCAACUGGUACGUUGACUUUUACUGCUGAUGGAAAGCCAACCAAGUAUCGAUUCCGUCUUGAACCAGGAACUAAACUGUUUCCAGCUGUGUUCUUUGAAGCGACCAGCAAAGAGUGUCUUCAAUUCGAAUUAGGUCGAACACCAACAACGCUUCCUCUAUCAGCUGCUAUCUUACGAUCAUCAGAGAAGCAUUUAACACCACAAUGUCCUCCUCGUCUGAAAGUACAGUCACUACAACGAUACCAAUGGGCUCGAGUGCCAAAUGUAUCAUUAAAACCUCACGCUCUAAAACUAUCUGAUAUUCGAGGUUGGUCCAUGUUGGUUGACGAUGCCGUUUCAAUGUUAGCUUUGCACAUACCAGAAGAAGAUCGAUGUGUUGACAUUCUUGAACUCAUAGAAGCAGAAAAAUUCUUGAUUUUUCACGCUCGAACAUUGGCGCUUUAUGGUGCACUUUGUUUUCAAGGCAAUACCCGAGCUGCUCAUAUCAUUUGCUCUCAUGUGGACGAAAAGCAGCUUCUUUAUGCUAUCCAAUCAGAGUACAUGUCUGGACCAUUGAGAUCGGGAUUUGCUGACCUAUUAAUUAGUUUACAUUUAGAGUCAGGAGCUUAUGCACGCUCAUUGACACAAAAUGAGUUCAUUGUCCCACUAGGCAACGAGUUGAAAGAUUUAUACAAAAAUAAUCCUUGCCUUUCGAAUUCAAUUUCAUCGCUUGAAUCUGUUUCUAUUCGACCUCAAAUGAAACAAUCAGAUAAAGUUGAAAAGGUUGAAUCGGUCAAGGGUUUAUAUGCACCCUUUUUCCCGGUUGAAACUCUUAAAUCAUUUGUGAUGGAAGCUCUUGAUGAGGCAGUAAAACGUUCAAAUCGGCCGAUGAGAGACCCUAUUGGUGGAUCCAAUACCGACUUAUUCGUCCCAUUACUUAAACUGAUUGAUAAACUUUUGUUGAAUGGUUACAUUGAAGACAACGAUUUGGGAAGCUUAUUGAUUCUCAUAGAUCCAGCUACUUUUGAUAAUGAAUAUGAUUUAGAGGCUGAAGCCAAAUUGAAAGGAUUACUUGAGAUGCAACUUGACGAAGGUGUCAAACUACAAAUGUGUUAUAUCCUUCACCAUUUGUACGAUGUUCAGUUACGCCAUCGAGUUGAGUCUAUAAUUUCAUUUACCAGUCAAUUUGUGGCCGAUGUUCAGGUCGACCAAUUAAGGCGAUAUAUUUCAGUUAAACAAGAAGAUCUUCCAGCCGCUGUUGCUGCCAAGAAAACUCGAGAGUUUCGUUGUGCUCCUAAAGAGCAAAUGAGAAUGAUUCUAGGGUUCAAAAAUAUAGAAGAUGAACAGGCUGAAAAUUGUCCGACUGGGGAAGAUUUAAGAACAGCUCUCAAUGAAUUUCAUGGAGACUUAAUGGGUAGAGCAAAGGUUAUUUUGGAAGGUUGUGCUGAGGAAGAAGCUGCAAUUGAUAAUAAAACAAGUGAAGAAGGUAAAUUAUCCUGGUCUAAAAAGAUAUUCGGCCUUGUCAAGGUGGGUAAAGUAUCAAUCGAAGGUCCAGUUUCUUCUAACGACCAAGAAAACGGUAAUCGACAAGAAGAAAUAUUCAUUCAUAAAGUGGUCGAUACAGUUAAGCAUUGGUCACAAGAAUCAGAAAUUGAAGAUAGAGAAUUGAUUCGCCAGUUAUUUUACCUUUUAUUGCGAAGUUAUGAUGGAGUUGGCGAGUUGAUGAUGGCCUUGGAGCAAACAUAUGUCAUUAGUCACACAUCUAAAGAGGAUGUCGAUGGUUUACUACAGCAUUUGGCUACAAUAAGAGCUCUUCUUCCGGUGCAAAUGAGUCCUGAAGAAGAAGAAAUUGUUCGUGAAACAUUAUGGACAUUAGUACAGAAUCGUGUCUUCUUCCAACAUCCUGAUUUGAUUAAAAUUCUGCGAGUUCAUGAGAAUGUUAUGGAUAUUAUGACAAAUACUUUGAGUAAGAGAGCUCAAGGUGAGUCAGGAGGAAGUUCGGGUUUACCCAGUGGAACGAGUAAUGCAGCUGGUUCAGCUAAUGCAGGUACUGGUGCUUCUGGUGGAGCCAAUAAGAUAGAGUCGGAAGGUAGUGGAGCCACGGCUAUUGGCGAUACUUCGGCUAUGGUUGUGGCCACUUGUAGAUUUUUGUGUUACUUUUGUCGUUCAAGUAGAACUAAUCAAAAAGCCAUGUUCCAACAUCUCGACUUCCUUUUGCAAAACUCAAACAUAUUGCUUUCGCGUCCGUCUCUUAGAGGAUCAACUCCAUUGGAUGUUGCUUCAUCAUCUGUAAUGGAGAAUCCAGAAUUGGCAUUAGCUUUGAGAGAAAAUUAUUUAGAAAAAAUUGCCGUUUAUUUGUCCAAAUGUGGUUUCCAAUCAAAUCAAGAGCUUCUUGAUAAAGGUUAUCCUGAUCUGGGUUGGGAUCCGGUCGAAGGUGAAAGAUAUUUAGACUUUUUCCGAACCUGUGUUUGGGUUAAUGGCGAAUCAGUUGAAGAAAAUGCAAACUUGGUUAUUCGAUUGUUGAUUCGUAGACCUGAAUGUUUAGGACCCGCUCUAAGAGGUGAAGGUGAAGGACUAUUGCAAGCAAUCAAAGAUUCAAUAGAAAUGACUGAUAAAAUGAAUUCAUCUGGACAGUCAAAUCAGGCUGAAAUGAGAAAUGCAAUGAUGUCAAGUGACGAAGAGAAAGAAAAUGACGAUUUUAUUGACAUGGGGGCAGCAAUACUCAACUUUUAUUGUGCUUUAGUUGAUUUACUUGGUCGAUGUGCUCCGGAAGCAGCGACCAUUGCUAUGGGCAAGAAUGAUUGUCUUCGAGCUCGAGCUAUUCUUAAAUCGUUGGUUCCAAUGCAAGACUUGGAAGGUGUUCUUGCUUUGCGCUUUUCAAUAUUUUCCUCUCCCGAGGCAAUGACAAGAGCCGACUUACCAAUAGGUUUUCUUCCUCAACAUAAACAGUCCAUUGUGCUUUUCCUGGAGCGUGUUUACGGAGUUGAAAAUCAGGAAGUUUUCUUCAGGUUACUUGAAGAUGCCUUUUUACCCGAUUUACGAGCUGCUACCAUGUUGGAGCGUCACGAUGGCUCAGAGUCACAAAUGGCACUUGCACUUAACCGUUAUCUUGGAAACGCUGUUCUUCCUCUUCUCAUAAAAUACUCUCAUUAUUUCGGUAAUGCUGAAAAUUGGGCUUCUUUGAUGGACGCAACUCUUCACACAGUCUACAGACUGUCAAAGGUGAAAAUAUUAACAAAAGGACAACGAGAAUGUGUCUCUGAUUUCCUUGUCGCCUUAACUCAUGAAAUGCAGCCCAGCAUGUUAUUGAGUUUACUUCGUAAAUUGACAAUCGACGUUUCAGUUCUUACAGAAUAUUCUACAGUCGCUCUUCGGUUAUUGACAUUACAUUACGAGCGAUGUUGUCGUUACUACGGACACAGUGGAUCUGGAUCAGCUUCGGCAGAAGAAAGAAAGCUAACUAUGUUAUUGUUUUCCAAUAUUUUUGAUUCCUUGGCUAAAAUGGAAUACGAUCCUGAUCUUUUCAAAAAAGCACUUCCCUGUUUAACGGCAAUAGCGUGUGCUUUGCCUCCCGAUUAUUCAAUGACACCUUCAACUGAUGAUUCCUUGCACACAAAGACCAUUCGAGAUGAUGGACCUUACCUACCUAAUCCAGUAAAUACAAGUGGAAUCAACCUGACUGGAGGUUUAGUAAACUUGAUAAAUAGAUUUGCUGAACAUUACCAUGAUUCUUGGUCUCAAAGGAAAUUCGAACAAGGUUGGAGUUAUGGAGAUUCAUGGAGUCUUGAGAGGAAAACUCAUCCAAGAUUAAAACCUUAUUAUAUGCUAAACGAUUACGAUAAAGAAAAGUACAAAGAACCGAUAACUGACAUAAUAAAAACUUUAUUAGCUCUGAGUUGGCAAUUGGAGCAAACUGAUAACAGUCAAAUGAAUGCUAGAGCAAAUUCGAGAAACGAUAUUCGUCCCAAUCUCAACGACUACAGUCCACAACCUGUUGAUACAUCAAGUCUCACAUUAAAUCGAGACAUUCAAAGUCUUUCGGAAAGAUUGGCCGAGAAUGCCCAUGAAAUUUGGGCUAAAAAGACCAAAGAAACUUUAGGUGGAAUAAUUCAUCCUCAAAUGGUUCCAUAUGAUCUGCUGACGGACAAAGAGAAGCGUAAAAAUCGUGAAAGAUCGCAAGAAUUCUUGAAAUACUUGCAAUAUGAAGGAUUCAGGGUUUACAAAUCUACAAAUAAACAAGAAGCGGAGAACAGCAAACAAGAAUCAAGUGGCCUACACGGACAUGCAGAAACUAGAUUCGCUUCAUCAUUACUAGAGCGUCUCUUGCAAUAUUUAGAUACUGCAGCAAUCAGUCUAAAGCUUUUGAAGCCAAGUGCAAAUUACUCCAGACGAAUGAGCUUCAAACACUCAAGUCGAGAUAUUAAAUUUUUCUCUAAAGUAGUUCUUCCUUUGGUUGAGAAACUUUUUCAAGCUCACAAAGAGUUUUUCCUUGCUUCAGCUUCUGGUCAGUCAACUUUAGCUCUUGGAAUCGCCACUCCUAAAGAGAAAGAAAUGGUCACUUCGCUAUUCUGUAAACUUGCUGCUUUGCUUCGUUCAAAGCUCGCAGUCAUGGGAUCAGAUGCUAAGAUAUCUGUGAGAUGUCUUCAAGUGCUUAUUAGAGCUACUGAUGCACGAACAAUCGUCCGAAAUUCGCCUGAUUUUGUAAAAACUUCCAUGUUAACCUUUUUCAAUCACGCUGCUGAUGACUUGGCCAAUUGUGUUGCUAAUUUACAGAAUUUCCGAUUCAGUCAUAUUCGUGGAACUACAAUGAAAACGUCUUCUUCAUUGAACUAUAUUCAACUUGUAUUGCUUCCAGUUCUUACGGCGUUGUUUGAUCAUUUGGCUUCCAAUGAAUUUGGAGGUGAUUUACUUCUCAACGAUAUUCAAGUGGCUUGUUACAAAAUACUCAAUUCCCUUUACUCUUUUGGAACCAAUCCCAAUCUGACGUUAGACCGUAAAUUUAUCAAAGCUGAACUCGAUUUUCACAGAAGACAGGUCGGUGAUUGUUUAGGUGCCUUUUCAGCUACUUUUCCAGUUGCUUUUCUGGAGCCUCACCUCAACAAAAACAAUAAAUACUGUAUUCACAGUCGAAGUCAAGAUUAUUCAUUGGAAGCUCAAGCAGUAAUGCAAGAUUUAGAGGCUUCAAUGCCAACAUUGGAUGAUUUAAUGUCUCAGUUCGAAAAAUAUGUUGAUUCAGAGACUAAAUACCACAAAGAACCACACACCAUUGACAUUAUUCUUCCCCUGUUGUGUGCUUACCUUUCAUUCUGGUGGAACCAAGGACCUGAUUCUGUGAAUCCUUCAGAUGGAAAUCAUGUAACCACCGUAACAAGUAGUCAUCUUAAUCGAAUGUUGAAGUCAAUAUUGAAUUUGGUUAAAAACACUGUUGGUCACAAUGGCAAUCAAUGGAUGGUGACUCUUCCAGCUCACACAGGAAUGAUUAUAAUUAAUCCUUCUGAAGAGCUGCUUAUCGAUCCUGUCCUUCCAUUGACUGAACGCAUUCGUCAAAUCGCUGAUCGAGCAUUUCACAGAGAGGAUGCCAUGAAAGGCUAUCUAAAAUCUCAGACAGAUGAAACUUCUGAGCUUGAGACACAAUUGAUGGAAGAGUUUAACCUUUUAGUGCGCGAUAUUUACGCCUUUUAUCCCAUGCUGAUUAAAUAUGUUGAACAUCAGAGGAAUCACUGGUUACGAGAAAAUUGCCGAGAGGCUGAACAAGUGUAUCAUUGUGUAGCCACGAUAUUCAACCAAUGGUCCAAAUCUCAAUAUUUCCGUAAAGAAGAGCAAAACUUUAUCUCUGCCAAUGAGAUUGACAAUUUAGCUUUAAUAAUGCCUUGGUCUGGUCGAGCAGGUCGACCUGUAAUUACAAAAUCCGACAUUCAAGCAACUUCAGGAAGAGUAAAGAAGAAGAAGAGAGAUGGAAAGAGAGACAAAGAAAAGGAACUCGCAUCGUCCCUUAUCGUGUCUGCAUUGAAACGCUUGCUGCCUGUUGGACUCAACCUGUUUGCUGGUCGUGAACAAGAAUUGGUUCAACAUGCAAAAGAUAAAUUUUUACACAAAGAAAAUGAAGGGUUCAUCUCUGAAUAUGUUAGGACUACUCUGAGUUUACCUGAUAAAAUUGAUCCAUCCGAUGAAAUGUCGUGGCAACAUUACCUUUAUUACAAACUUGGCAGUCAAAGGACAGGAGCAAUUGAAGGACUUAAAGGGAAUGGAAAAGAUUUGGUUAUUGUUCAGAAUACUAAAGUUGAAGAUAAAGAGAAAACCCAAGAAGUUCUAGUCGAAAGGAUUAUAGCUAUGGCCAAAGUCCUUUAUGGACUUCACAUGAUUGAUCAUCCAUCUCAAAAAGAAAAAGGCGUUUAUCGAAGUUGCGUUUCUACUCAGCGUAAAAGAGCCGUAAUAGCUUGUUUCCGAAUGAUAUCUCUUCAUCAACUACCAAGGCAUCGUGUAAUAAAUAUAUUCUUGAGAGCUUAUAAUGAAUUAUGGCUGAAUGAUGAGAAUAACGGACAAGAACAAUUGAUCGAGGAUCUAACAGAGUCAUUCGAAGAACACGAACAGAAUAAAGGAACCGAAGUUGUUAUUGAAGAUAAACCUGAUCCAUUGACUCAGUUAAUGACGACAUUCAGUCGAAAAGCAACAACUGAACAUGGAACUGCUGUUAAAGAAGACGAGCUUUAUAUGAAAUAUGCACUUCUUUUUAGUCAAAGCUGUGGUGGUGUUGAAGAAGAGGAGGAAGAAGAAGGUGGAGAAGAAGAGGAAGGAGGAGCAUCGAUACAUGAACAAGAAUUGGAAAAACAAAAAUUAUUGUUUCAACAAUCGAGACUUGCUGAUCGUGGUAUUGCUGAAAUGAUAUUGUUAUACAUAUCGAAUUGCAAAGGAAUUCAAAGUCCAAUGGUUCUGAAAACUUUAAAGUUGGGCAUUUCUAUAUUGAGAGGAGGUAAUACAGAUAUUCAGCAAAGAAUGAUGAAGCACUUGAAAGACAAGAAAGAUGUUGGAUUCUUUACUUCAAUAGCAAGUCUAAUGAAUUCAUGUUCGGUUCUUGAUUUGGAUGCUUUUGAAAGGAAUCAAAAAGCUGAAGGACUGGGAGUUGGUUCUGGGGGAACUGCAGGUGAAAAGAAUAUGCAUGAUUCUGAAUUUACCUGUGUUUUGUUUAGAUUUAUUCAGCUUCUUUGUGAAGGACACAACCUGGAGUUUCAAAAUUACCUGCGAACUCAAGCUGGUAAUACAACAACAGUCAAUGUAAUAAUCAUUACUGUAGAUUAUUUACUUCGACUUCAAGAAUCGAUGAUGGACUUUUAUUGGCAUUAUUCAAGUAAAGAUGUUAUCGAUCCUUCAGGUCAAGAAAACUUUUGCAAGGCCAUAACAGUAGCUAAACAAGUUUUCUCCACUUUAACUGAAUCUAUUCAAGGCCCAUGUCAGGGCAAUCAACAAGCACUUGCACAUUCCAGGCUUUGGGAUGCUGUUGGUGGUUUCCUUUUCCUAUUUGCUCACAUGCAGGAUAAACUCUCCAAGAAUUCCAGUCAACUUGAUUUAUUAAUUGAACUACUUGAUUUGCAAAAAGAAAUGGUUGUAAUGAUGUUAUCCAUGUUGGAAGGUAAUGUUGUUAAUGGAACCAUUGGACGACAAAUGGUAGAUACUUUAGUUGAAUCGGCCAGUAAUGUUGAGCUCAUUCUCAAGUUUUUCGACAUUUUCUUGAAACUUAAAGAACUAACUUCUUCGAUAACUUUCCAGGAAAUUGAUAAGAAAGGAAUUGGUUGGGUUGCAAUGAAAGACUUUAAAAAGGCAAUUGAGCAGCAAAAAAAGUAUUCACCAGAUGAAAUUGAAUAUAUUAUGAGUUGCUGUGAGCCUAAUCAUGAUGGGUUAAUUGAUUAUCGUGAAUUAACUGAGAGAUUCCAUAACCCAGCCAAGGAAAUCGGAUUCAAUUUAGCAGUUCUUUUGACGAAUUUAAGUGAACAUAUGCCAAGUGAUCCUAGACUUCAACGUUUCCUUGAAAUUGCCUCCUCAGUUUUGACUUAUUUUGAGCCUUUCCUUGGCAGAAUUGAAAUCAUGGGAUCAUCGAAACGAGUAGAGAGAGUAUAUUUCGAGAUAAAAGAGUCGUCAAUCAAUCAAUGGGAAAAGCCACAAAUCAAAGAAUCCAAACGAGCCUUUUUCUAUUCGAUAAUAACAGAAGGAGGUGAUAAAGAGAAGCUGGAACUUUUCGUCAACUUCUGUGAGGAUGCAAUAUUUGAAAUGCAACAUGCAGCUUCAAUAUCAAUGGAAGAAGAGGAAGAACCUAAAGCAUCCGCCGAAUAUCCAUUUUUGGGCGAAGAAGAGAAGCCUCCAUCAGUUCUAGAUCCCUUGAAAAAACUGAUCAAGUACAUUUUCUCAAGAUUUUGGUCUAUUUUGAGCUUUUUGACUCCUGGAAACAUUAAAAAACAAGUAAACACCAUGAAAGAAAAGUCUCUUCCCGAACUAAUAAUUGGAUUCUUCCGAUUGAUCUACCGGUCAUUUAUUUUUUGUGGUCGAACCGUAUAUUCUGUAUUGAAGUAUAUUCUACGUUUUCUACUUCGUCUGAUGACUGGUGAACCGAUUGCUGGUCCAAUCGAUAUCGAUGAAGAAGAAACGUCAAAAGCUUUGGUUCAUGUUCCAACUGCUUUUACUUUACCUGAUCGAGCUGUGGCUUCAUUUCCUCUUUCAAUGGCAUCAAUAGAAGCUCCAACUACACCAAGUCCUAGUCCGGCGAUUGACGUCAAGUCACUUGAAAAUGGUACCAAUGAUGAAAAUAAUGCAAACCCAACUGGUGAUAGAAAUGAAUCUGGAUUCGGAGGCAAGUCAACAGAAGACAAUAAAGAUGGAGAAGGUCGAAAACUUCGAGAAUCUUUGUCAUCUCCAACACUUUCGUCUAGCACAGUUGAAAGAAGAGAAGAGUCUCGAAUCAUUGAAAGAACUGGUGCAGACACAAGUGAUAAAACAAUACCUGUCUUACCUGAAGAAGAUGAACUUGUUAAAAAUGGAGAAUCAGCGCCAUUAUUGUCAUCAUUCAACCUCGGGGAUUAUGCACAUCGAUUCAUAUGUUUCUUAGCUCGAAACUUUUAUAGAAUGAAAUACAUUGCGCUUUCCAUUGCAUUCAUUAUCAACUUUAUUCUUCUUUUUUAUCGAGUCACAAACACUCCACUUGUUGAUCUUGAUGGCAGUGGCUCGAUGCCCGAAUCAAGUUUAGGUUUGGAUGAAACUUUAGAGACUUCGAAUGGAAAUGAUGAUGAAGGAGGAGGUGAUGAUGAUGAAAUAGAGGAAUGGGUGUCUAUAGAAGAGAAUCUAUUUUAUUUAGUGCCGGUUAUGCGAAUACUUGCCCUUGCUCAUUCGAUGUUGGCUGUUUUCAUGUUGAUUGGCUACUAUCACUUGAAAUUACCUUUAGCUAUUUUUAAACGGGAAAAAGAGAUUUCAAGAUCAAUGGAAUUCGACGGUCUUUACAUAUCUGGUGAAUCUGACGAUGACAUAAAAGCACAUUGGGACAAACUUGUAAUAUCAACGCCAUCUUUUCCAGUCAACUAUUGGGAUAAAUUUGUUAAGAAACGAGUCCGUGAAACUUACUCGGAACAAUAUGAUUACGAACAAAUCAGUAAUAUUCUUGGAAUGGACAAAGGAGGAAUAUCGGCGAAACCGGAAGAUUCAACUGGAUGGUUCUCAUUAUUCUCAAAUAUUGACCUGAAGUAUCAAAUUUGGAAAGCUGGAGUUACAAUAACUGACAGUACAUUUUUGUACAACCUUUGGUACCUUUCAUUUUCGGUUAUGGGAAAUUUCAACUACUUUUUCUUUGCGGCUCAUUUACUAGACAUUGCAUUUGCUAUUAAAACUCUUGCAACCAUUUUACAAUCAGUAACGCAUAAUGGGAAACAAUUGGUAUUAACAGUGAUGCUUCUCAUCAUUGUCGUAUAUAUGUACACAGUAAUUGCUUUCAAUUUCUUCAGAAAAUUCUAUGUUCAAGGAGAUGAUGACGAAGAGAAUGAACCUGAUAAGAAAUGCCAUUCUAUGUUAACAUGUUUUGUUUUUAAUAUUUAUCAAGGGGUUAGAGCAGGAGGUGGCAUUGGGGAUGUCAUUGAGCCUCCAGACGGGGAUGAAUACGAAGUUUAUCGUAUAGUAUUUGAUAUAACAUUUUUUGUUUUCGUUAUUAUUAUUUUGGUUGCAAUUAUCCAAGGUUUGAUCAUCGAUGCUUUCGGUGAAUUGAGAGGUCAACUACAAUCUGUUGUUGAUGACAUGGAAGCCAAUUGUUUUAUAUGUGGAAUUGGUAAAGAUUAUUUCGACAAGACACCGCAUGGUUUCGAGACUCAUGUAAUGAAGGAACACAAUUUGGCAAAUUACUUAUUUUUCCUGAUGCAUUUAAUCAAUAAGCCUGACACCGACUAUACUGGUCAAGAAACUUACGUUUGGGAAUUGUAUCAAAAAAGGUGUUGGGACUUUUUCCCUGUUGGUGAAUGCUUUAGGAAACAAUAUGAAGAUGAACUAUCUGGAGCCAGUUGAAUUUAGAUAUGCCUUUGUUUCAUUCGUCUGCUUGCGUUUCCCCUGAUCAACAGAUGUUUGGCAAUCAUUUGGGGCUCAAACUAAACAUUAGUCCAUAUAUAGCCUAUGUGCUGUUGAUUAUUUCCCGCAAUGUUUGUAAUCACGAACCUUCACUCAUUCAGUCUUCUUUUUACUUGUAAUUAAUUUUCUUCAUUUUCAUUUUUGGUUUCAGUCAAACUAGAAAUAAAUAUCGCUCUUUGCAAUAAUU